AUGGAGGCAGAAAUAAAGAUCUCAGCCCAGCGGCUGGGGGCUUGGGAACCCGAGAGUGCAACCCUAGAAGGGAAAAGGACGGGAGGAGGUUGCGCCGCGGCGGCGAGAGAGCGAGAAAAAGCCUGGGUGUUUGUGCGAGAGCCGGGCGGGGGCUGGGGCGAGGGGCCGGCAUGGCUGAAGGCUGCGCUCCGCAACCUUGAAGAGCGACUGCGGCGUGAGGCCGAGGACAGGGAGGCGGUCUGCGCGGCGCCCUGCAGCUGCGACGGCGACCGUCGGGUGGACUGCUCCGGGAAGGGGCUGACUGCCGUGCCUGAGGGGCUGAGCGCCUUCACCCUUGCGCUACGAUUGGCUGGCAAUGACCUUUCUUUUAUCCACCCAAAGGCCUUGUCUGGGUUGAAAGAACUCAAAGUCCUAACCCUCCAAAACAAUCAGUUGAAAACAGUACCCAGUGAAGCCAUUCGAGGACUGAGUGCUUUGCAGUCUUUGCGUUUAGAUGCCAACCAUAUUACCUCAGUCCCCAGGGACAGUUUUGAGGGACUUGCACAGUUACGACAUCUGUGGCUGGAUGACAACAGCUUGACUGAGGUGCCUGUGCACCCCCUCAGCAACCUGCCGACUCUGCAGGCACUGACCUUGGCGCUCAAUCAAAUCUCUAGCAUCCCUGACUUUGCAUUCACCAACCUUUCAAGCCUGGUAGUUCUGCAUCUUCAUAACAAUAAAAUUAAAAGCCUGGGUCAGCAUUGUUUUGAUGGACUAGACAACUUGGAGACCUUAGACUUGAAUUAUAAUAACCUGGGAGAAUUUCCACAGGCUAUUAAAGCCCUCCCUAGCCUAAAAGAACUGUUAUUUCAUAGUAACUCUAUUUCUGUUAUCCCUAAUGGAGCUUUUGAUGGUAAUCCACUCUUAAGAAUAAUACAUCUGCAUGAUAAUCCUCUGUCUUUUGUGGGGAACUCAGCAUUUCACAACUUAUCUGAUCUGCACUCCUUGGUCAUUCGCGGUGCAAGCUUGGUGCAACAUUUCCCUAACCUGACCGGGACUGGCCAUCUGGAGAGUCUGACUUUGACAGGUACCAAGAUAAGCAGCAUAUCCAGUAAUUUAUGUCAAGAUCAGAAGAUGCUUAGGACUUUGGACUUAUCGUACAACAAUAUAAAAGAACUUCCAAGCUUUGAUGGAUGCCAUUCUCUGGAAGAAAUUUCUUUGCAACGUAAUCAAAUACACCAAAUAAAGGAAGGUACUUUUCAAGGCCUGAUAUCCCUAAGGAUUCUAGAUCUGAGUAGAAACCGGAUCCAUGAAAUUCACAACAGAGCUUUUGCCAAGCUUGGGUCAAUAACUAACCUAGACGUAAGUUUCAAUGAAUUAACUUCUUUUCCUACGGAUGGCCUGAGUGGGCUAAAUCAACUGAAACUUAUGGGCAACUUCAAGCUGAAAGAAGGUUUAGCAGCAAAAGAUUUUGUUAAUCUCAGAUCUUUAUCUGUACCCUAUGCUUAUCAGUGCUGUGCAUUUUGGGGUUGUGAUUCUUAUGCACAUGUAAACACCGAAGAUGAUAACCUUCAAGACCACAGUGUGGCAAAGGACAAAGGUCUCACGGAUGGGGCAGCUGUCACAAGCAGUGCUGAAAAUGAAGAGCACAGUCAAAUAAUCAUCCACUGUACACCUUCCACAGGUGCUUUUAAGCCCUGUGAAUACUUACUGGGAAGCUGGAUGAUCCGUCUUACUGUGUGGUUCAUUUUCUUGGUUGCAUUGUUUUUCAACAUGCUUGUCAUUUUAACAACAUUUGUAUCCUGUACAUCACUGCCUUCCUCCAAAUUAUUCAUAGGCUUGAUUGCUGUGUCUAACUUAUUCAUGGGAGCCUAUACUGGCGUCUUAACAUUUUUGGAUGCUGUGUCCUGGGGCAGGUUUGCUGAAUUUGGCAUUUGGUGGGAGAGUGGCAGUGGCUGUAAAGCAGCUGGGUUUCUCGCCAUUUUCUCUUCUGAAAGUGCCAUCUUUUUAUUAAUGCUAGCAGCCGUUGAAAGAAGUUUAUCUACAAAAGAGAUCAUGAAAAAUGGAAAAAGCAAUCAUCUCAAACAGUUCCGGAUUGCUGCCCUUUUUGCUUUUCUGGGUGCUGCUGUGGCAGGCUGCUUCCCACUUUUCCAUAGAGGGGAAUACUCUGCAUCUCCCCUGUGCUUGCCAUUUCCUACAGGAGAAACACCAUCACUGGGAUUUACUGUAACCUUAGUGCUAUUAAACUCACUAGCAUUUUUAUUAAUGGCCAUUAUCUACACUAAACUUUACUGCAACUUGGAAAAAGAAGACCUUUCCGAGAACUCACAUUCUAGCAUGAUUAAGCACGUCGCUUGGCUAAUCUUCACCAAUUGCAUCUUUUUCUGUCCUGUUGCAUUUUUUUCAUUUGCCCCACUGAUCACUGCGAUCUCUAUCAGCCCCGAAAUAAUGAAGUCUGUGACUCUGAUAUUCUUCCCAUUGCCUGCUUGCCUGAAUCCAGUCCUGUACGUUUUCUUCAACCCCAAGUUUAAAGAAGACUGGAAGAUAUUGAAGCGACAUAUAACCAAGAAAAGUGGAUCAGUGUCAGUUUCCACUAGUAGCCAAACUGGUUGUGUGGAACAGGAUUUCUAUUAUGACUGUGGCAUGUACUCCCACUUGCGGGGCAACCUGGCUGUGUGUGACUGUUGCGAAUCAUUUCUUUUGACAAAGCCAGUAUCAUGCAAACACUUAAUCAAAUCACACAGCUGUCCUGCACUGGCAGUGGGUUCUUGCCAAAGGCCAGAUGGCUAUUGGUCCGACUGUGGGACGCAGUCGGCCCACUCGGAUUAUGCCGAUGAAGAAGAUUCCUUUGUCUCAGACAGUUCUGACCAGGUGCAGGCCUGUGGACGAGCCUGCUUCUAUCAGAGUCGAGGAUUCCCUUUGGUGCGCUAUGCUUAUAAUCUACCGAGAGUCAAAGACUGAAUGAAUAUGUUGUGGCUGUUUCCCCCAUCAACCAAAAUCACAGUGUUUAUAGAGGGAACCUUGAUCUGAUCUUUCAUCUGGGAAGCACUUCUGUGAUCACUGCCUGGUGUCACUUAGAAGGAGGAGAAGGUGGCAGUUUCUUUCUUAAACGAGACAUUUUCAAAGAACAAGUGCCUAAACUAUCAACUGGUGGAAAAGAUGAUGUCCACACAGUGUGUGGUCUAUUUAAAAUGAAUUUGUAACUUGAAAAAGAUGUUGUGUAUAUCAUAGCAAUGUAACAUUAGGCUUUUUUUAGAUCCAUAAAAAGCAAAUUUAUACCUAUCUGAAUAAGAUAAAGCACAAGAUAAAGAACAGCUGUUAAUAUUUUUUUAAGAAUAUUUUAAAGUGUGAUUUUAUAUAAUUAAAGAAAAAGUCAUGCUAAUUUACCUAAUGUUUUCAUCAUUAAUCUCAGGACAACUUACUGCAGGGCCAAAAAGGGACUGUCUCCCAGGUAGAACUGUGAGAGUAUGUUGUAGGCAUUACCUUAUUGCAUUUUCUACUUCUGUCUUUGACAAAAUAGAGUCACAAAUUCUGUUUAAUUCAUUUAUAACUUUGAAAACUGAAGAUGUUUUUAAAAUAAUAUUAACAACUGUUAGAUUUAAAACGAAUAACUGAACACUUGUUUUUGGUCUUUAUGUAUCAUUUUGGUGUGACCCCAGUGAUUAUUUCCUCAGUGUUUUGUGGUAAAGGGCUAUUGACUGGGUGGGUUUAGUAGAUAUUUACUAAACUGCUAACUAAUACGGGAUUUGAGUAGUAGCUGAGGGAUUUGAUAGCUCCUUGUAAUGUUCCCAUUAAUAAACACUUCCUAUUAUCAUUGGUUCUACCAAUAUUUUCCAAAUUUUCUGGUAUGUUAUCUACUUAUUGUUUGGAUUAUAGAGUAAACUGUGAUAAAUAAUUGCAUAUAAUUUCAAGAAUUGGGAGUAAUUAUGACACAAAGCACUUAAAUUUAUUUCUUAGUGAGCUGGAUUCUCCUGAACCUGUGCUAUAUUACACAGAAGCUUCCAAACAUUUCUCCCAUACUGUGAUUCACAAAAGAGCCUAUGCAAAAGCUCAGAUGAUGCGUUCUUGUGAGACAAGAUCAUAAUGUCUUUAAGAAAAAAAAAAAAAAAAGGAAUAAAGUUGGAGUCUGUCUUUAAAAAUUAAAAAUUAUACUUGAUUUUCAUUGAUGGACUUUUGACAUGUCACUAUGUGGAGUCUUAAAAUUAAAAAUGUUCAAUAUUUUUGAACAAUAUGCUAAGUCAAUAGCAAGUCCACUGCCAUAUUAGUGAUUCAGGAUACACUAAAAGACAUUAAACUAGAUUGCAGUUUAAUAAUUAAACUGUAUAUACUGUGCAUAUAAUGAAUUUUUAUCUUAUGUAAAUUAUUUUUAGAACACAAGUUGGGAAAUGUGGCUUCUGUUCAUUUUGUUUAAUUAAAGCUACCUCCUAAACUAUAGUGGCUGCCAGUAGCAGAAUGUUAAAUUGUGAUUUAUAUGCUUUUUUGCAUUGUAAAUAGUCUUGGUUGUACAUUGUCAGUGUAAUAAAAACAGAAUCUUUGUAUAUCAAAAUCAUGUUUGUGUAAAAUGUGGGAGGGAUCUAUUUACAGUGUGUUGUAAUUUUGUAAGGCCUACCAUUCACAAGUUUUUAAAUUGAUACCAUGUCUGUAUAUUUACAUACCUGAUAAAUAUUAAAUCAUAACCUGGUAAAAAAAAAUUUAGCUAAAAGGUUUUUCCCUCAAAAUUCAAGUUACUAGAAACUUCAUUACAUUGAUUUUUAAAAUAUAACAACAUGGGAUAUAUGUGGUGAAUUGUGUUAUACAGAUGGUAGGAAAUACAAUAUUGUAUGAAGUGUUUUGAAUUAUUAAAGUUUUUAGAAAGCAAUGUACUUUGCUAUAAUUUAUAGUUAGGUAUACUUAUACUAAUGAAUUUGUUUAAUGUAAAAGGAAGCAGAUUAAAGUAAAACACUUUUAGAGUGAAGGUUAUGAAAAAUGUUGAGAGAAUACUUUAUUGGAAUUUAGAAGGGUUUUAUUCUAUAAGUUUGAAUCAAAUUUAUAGAAAAAAAAUUAUAAAAUGCAAGAUAGACACCAAUUAGAUCUUUAUUUAAAAGGAAAUGAUUUAAAAGCCUAUAUGACAUCUAUUGCCCAAAUUCUUAGAAAUAAGUCAAUAUUCCCCAUAAUCCUUCAUUUUAGAGUGGAAAAUAGAGAAAUUUAAUGAAUAGCUAACUCACACUGCUAAUUAGAAUUCAAACCAACUCCCAACUCCUAUCAAUUUGAGGUUUAAAAUUCUUGUUUUGUUGUUUCAAAUUUUAGUAUGUGUUUGAAAGUUCCAUAACAAAAAGAGAGAAUAGUGUAAUUCCUUCCUCUUCAUCCCUUCAACCCUCUCACAGCCCAGGCGCCCACCACCCUCAUCACCACCACUUGGUAACUGUCUCAUCAUCAGCCUAUUUACCCACCUGCCCCAUUCAUUAUUUUGAAGCAAAUCUAAGAUAUAUUCUUUUUAUCUGUAAGUAUUCGGUAUAUGCAGGGAUAUAUUUUUAACAAUUCUUAACAGAUUGCCCCCAGAGCCAACUGCUAACUGGUAUUAUUUUUGUAACAAAGUUAGGCAUUUUUAGGCAAAAGUCACUUCAUUUAUACAGUUACAAAGCCAGCAAAAACAAAUUUUCUCAAUUAAGCCAUGAAAGUGAAAAUAAAGUGAGUGUAAGAUAAAAGCUAUUAGUAUCCUGAAACAGAAAGGAAGCAGGCCUCUUUCGAACUGACUCAUACACUUUUAUAUCUUUCUACUCAAUUUGAUGAGGGCUUCUCAGUCCCCAUAAUGGAAAGACCACAGACUAUGUUCAAGCGCGAGUGCCAUGUUGCUCUUUGCCUUAGAAUGCCUAUGUUACCAGAACAUCAUGCAAUAAUUACUCAUAAUGAUGAUCAUAAGAAGUAACUUUCGUAAAAGGGAGCAGAAGUAUGUGACAUAAGACAUAGUCUAGUAAAAGGAGAUGAAUAAGUAUAUGACAUGUUAUUCUCAUACCAAAUGCAAGUUUAGGAGCUAACAAUUUACCAUUCAUCAUUUCUUUUGUCAUAUUCUAUGCUAAAAGCUUGGAGGAUUAAUGACAUAGUAGAACCAGGAGGCAGAUUAUUUCCCUAUUUUACAGAGUUAGAAUUCAGGAAGGUCAAAUACCUUGUUUAAGGAAAACCACGGAGAAAGGGGCAAACCCUUUCAAGUGCAGGGUUUUUUCCAUAAAUGAAAUUGUGUUCUUUUUUAUGCAUCAGGUGUAUGAGGUUAUGUUUAUUGGCAAUAGCUGACCUCAGUUUACCUAUUAAGAAGCCUUAAAGUGGCUCAGGUUCUUUUGAUGUUAUGGUUAUUGGUUCUGGGGAUGGUCUCAUAAAAAAUUUCAAACAGAUAAUGCCAAUACUGAAUGAUUUAGAUAAAGAAUGAACACUCCAUUAAACCAAUCUUAGCCCUUGAUGAAUUUUUUUACUCAUUUGCUCGUUUUUUUUUUUAUUUUCAUUUUGUUUUUACUGAAAAUUUAACAAAAUCAGCUAUUUUCACUUAAAUAGUAUAAACUAUGUCGUGUUACAGCUUCUCUCUUGAAUUGCCAGUGGUUGCUGUAUUUCCAUCAAAUCGAAUUGUGUCAAAUUUUGCAGAUUUAAAUUUCAUCAAAAUUUGUAUCACUUCUGAUCAAUAAUAAACGUUGUCUGCUGUUUCA